AUGGAGCUGGACAACUCAAGCACCCCGGCGGGCACCCCCAGCGAGGACAGACGCAAAUCGGGUCGCAUGACGCGCCGGCCUGACACAUUUUCGCAAAGCACACAUUCUGCCCUCGAAGGCGGGAAACGCAAGCGGGGAGAUGUACUGGAACCUGGUGGCGAUGACGAUAUGUCCGAUUCAGAGAGUGACGAGUCCAGCGAAGAUGAUGCCGCGGACGAGGAAGAACUGAAAGCCAAGAAACGUGCAGCUCGCAAGGCUCGAUCAAAGAAACCCGCGGCGAAGAAAGUUCCGCGUGCUGCGAAGAAGCCCAAGGUUGUUGGUAAUGGACUGGGGAAACAACUCGCUUUCAGGCCUGCCCUCAAUGGCCGACUACCAGCUUCACGCCCCCGCAUGCCUAAGAUCCGACCCAGUUUGGCCGCAGGUGAGCAUGGAUUAUAUGCGGAGAUCUUCGGAAAGAGUAACAAUGCCGAUACCGCCGCUGCGCAAUGGUUGAACCUGUACCAGCGUGAUAACUUAGGAGCUAUGCGGGACCUGAUCAACUUCCUCAUCCGCUGCACAGGAGCCACUUUGGAACUCACAAAGGAGGAGGUGGACGAUGUGGACAAUGCCCCCAACCAAAUCGCAAGCCUCCAAAACGAAUACCAAGCAGAAGGUAUCACCGACUAUCCUCUCAUUUCUCACGAAAAGAAAUUCAAGGCUUUUCAACUCGUUCUCGAAGAAUUUAUCGGCGCACUCAUCCAAACUUUCCACCAUUCUUCGGUCCUUUACACCGAUGAAGCCCUUCUUGAGAAUAUCCAGAUCUGGAUGUCUUCGAUGUCGACAUCUAACUUCAGACCUUUCCGGCAUACUGCGACUGUUAUGGCCCUGUCCGUCAUAACUUCACUGUGUGAGAUUACACAGGAAGUCACAACCACUGUCACGACCUCCCGCAAACAACUCGAAAGUGAGAAGAAAAAGAAGACCGUUAACAAGGGCCGCGUAGAGGCAAUUCAGACGGCUGUUACGGAAGGCGAACAAAAGGUGGAACAACUCAAUGAGUUCAUUCAAGAUGGAUUUGAUACCGUCUUUGUCCACCGCCAUCGUGAUGUUGACGGCAAUAUCAGAGCCGAGUGCAUGCUGGCUUUGGGUCGAUGGAUUCGUUCCUACCGGGAAAUGUUCCUUGAUGCUCAGUCCUUGCGUUAUCUUGGCUGGGCUAUUUCCGAUACCGUUCCUCACGCCCGAUUGGUUGCCUUGACCCAGCUCUUGCCAUUAUACGAGAGUCGAGACAACAUCGGUGCACUGAACUCCUUCACUGAACGCUUCCGCCAGCGUGUUGUGGAAAUUGCCUCCCAGGAUGCGGAUCUAAACGUCCGUGUUGCUGCGAUUGAACUUCUAAAUCACUUACGGGACGGCGGCUUCCUAGAACCCAGCGACGUCGACGCUAUCGGGCGAUUAGUGCUUGAUCUGGACCCUCGGAUUAGAAAGGCAGCUGGUAAUUUCUUUGUUGCUAAUGUCCAAGAUGCGUUUGACUCCGUGGUGGAGGAAGUCGGAGACGAGAUUAACGAGAUCUUCGCCGAUGACGAUGACGACGAUUUCGAUUCGCCAAAGCGCUCUUGGAUUAAAUUCAAGUGUCUUGUGGACAUGUUCCAAGCCUACGAUGUACAAGAAGAAGACUCUGAUAUGAUUGCCACAACACGAGAUGUACUGUCCGGGGCACCUGCUGCUACUCGCUUUGUUCUCGCAACCGAAGCUAUCUAUCCCCAUAUGGAAGAACUCUCCCAAUGGCAGUCAUUAGCCGGCUUUCUCCUUUACGACCACUCACAAAUCGCCGAUGAUCCAGCCGAGGAUGACACUACUGGGAUUGUUCGUAAGUUGUACAGGAUCCAAGAAGGCCAAGAGGCAAUUCUUCUUGAGGUUUUGUGUGCGGCAGUAAAGCUUCGAGUACUGGACGUCGCCAAGUCAGACAUUGACAAGCGCGGACGCAAGGUCAAGGCACUGACUGCGAAGAUCCCUGAACUCCAGGAAGAAAUUUCUCACAACCUGGCUCAAUCCAUCCCUCAGCUUCUCAAUAAGUUUGGUUCUGCUCCUGAAGCUGCAUCUGUUGUUCUCCGACUGGAACACCUGGUAGAUUUGAACUCGAUUCAAGACAUGCAGAAAGAUGCGACGGCCUACACAUCCCUACUCAACGACAUCAAUAAGCAGUUCCUGACUCACUCGGAUCAAGACGUCCUGGCUGAGGCUAGCGUUGCUUUCUUGCACGCCAAGAGCUCUGAUGAAAUGCGAGAGGUUCUUGAAGGCAAGAUUCAAGAGUUGUGGGAAGACAUGGUCGAUACCCUGGGUGCUUUGUCUCGCAAGAAAGAGGUUCAGGCAGGCGCCUCAAUUUCCGAUCCAACACUUACCGACCUCACCAAUACUAUCACACGAAUUUCUAAACUCUCCGCCAUCAUGGACUGCUCGACAAUCUUGGAGACAGUACCAACCUCUCGCUCGAAAUCCAAGAAGAACCACGGGGAGGCUCCAUUCAACACACUCAUACAUUUGGCUCAGCGUGCCCUCCUAGCAGAAGAUGAAGAUGAAGAUACUGCUCGUGCAGAGGCCGAACUUGUGACAAACAGUAUACGAACUCUGCUCUUCUAUUUCAUGUGGAAGGUGCAAGCCCUGUCUACAGCCCUGAGCGAAGGAAAAGCCAAUUUCAGUACCUCAUAUUUCGAAGCACUCACCAAGAGCCGCGAAACAUUUGCGUCAACACUCCUGGAUAUCAUGAACGGGCUGACCGGCCUCGACGAUUUACGAUUCACCGCCACUACCACAUUCCUGGACCUUCAAACGCUAUUUAGCACUCUCCGCAACGCCGGCCAGGGUAUUGGCAAUGAUGAGGAUGUAAUUUUCCAGGCGCAAAGCCUUGUACACGAAAUCCCUUCAGACACUCAAGCCCUCAUUACCAAAAUCCACGGCACUGCCGAGCGAAUCUUUGCCAAGACAGCCAAAUACGAUCGCGAACCUGCUGAGGAUGAUGCCCCCGCAUCCGAAGAUGAGCCCGAGGAUGACGAGGAGGAGAAUGAAGAAGAAGAUGAUGAAGCCGUUAUCAUGGAACGACUCCGCAGCAGCAUCGUCGCCGAGCAGCGACUAUGCGAACUGACCGGCAAGCUGGUCCUCGCUAUUAUUGGUCGUGUGGUCGAUGCAUCUGGUACGAAGCGCGGCUCCUUGAAGAAGCGUCUCCUACGUAACAAGACUUCUCUCGGUCAAAACUACCGUGAAGUCCUCUCCUACCUCGAAGAGCGCAAACCUCGCAGUGCACCCCGCAACAAGGGGAAGCAACCCGUGCGGAGCGCCCAAGCUGGAGAGAAACCAGCCGCGCCUAGCAAGAACAUCAAAUCGGCUGAGCGUGUCGAUGACAAUGAGGAAGAGGAGGAAGAACAGGAAGGUGACCACGAUGAUCCGAUCGAAGAGGAUGACGAGGAGGAUCUGCGGGCGCGUGAGCUCGUUGAGGACGAGAUUGUGGACGAUGACAAUGAAGACUUGAAUCGUGGUCCCGAUCCCGAUGAAGAUGAAAUAAUGGGUGACUAA